UAAACCAGUUAGGGUAAGUGACUUUAGGACAAACGUUGAUAGGGAUUCAGAAUGACACCCACUAAAAAAACUAGUAUCUCGCAACUCGUGUGUUGCUUUACAUUGCGGGCCGAAUUAUUUUGUAUGGUUAAAAAUUUGUGGUGGCUAAACAAAUUUAUUUAUUUGCAAAAGAAAUUUAACAUUUAAUUUAAAUAGAGGAAAUACAAAAUAACACAUAAAAUAUGAGUGAGCAUGCAAAUAAUUAACAAAUUUAUAUAACUUAUUAUUAAAACUAGAACUUGUAAUUUACGAGCAUUUCAUGUAAAAUAGGCUCACGAACAUGCUUAAUAAAAUAAAGCUGUAUAUGUACCGUUAUAAAUGUGAGUAUUUCCAAAUUAAAUACUUGUUGCCUAGUUUUCACUAACUAUAAGCUGUUGCCAAGACAUUUUAUUACACUUUAGCCGUAUUGCAAUUUCAACUCAACGUGCGUUGAGUUGAGCGACAAUAUUUUUCUCAAUAGUGCAUUAUCUUUGUUCCCAUGUAGAAUAUUUACCAGGGCCCGAUUUACAUAUUAAGAAUUACGUAGUCUGAUAGUUUACGCUUGUAGACAUUUUAAUUUAUGGCACUGUUUAAUUUCUUUAGGUAGGCUUUUCAUUGUAUUUCUAAGCUAAAAAUUUCUCAACAUACUUCUUAGCUCCCAUGCUAACCACCGUUUAAAUAUUCGCCCGUAUAGGAUUUACACACUGUACUAUAAGUAAUAAACGUAUUGAGUAAAACGUCGACUUUAGCAUAAUUCUCGAAGAAAAUUACAGGCAAUCACAUAAUACGAAUCGAAUUUCUGAAGUACUUAUUAUGAAUAUGGCGUCAAAUAUCUUAAUAACAUGUCUGAGCUCCUGCAAUUAAACGCAUUUGAUUGCAGCGAUCACCAGUUUCACAGCAAAAUUAUGUCACUUGAAAGAGAAUAGGUAUUGACUCGUCACGUGUGUUGUUUUUAAGCAAAAUCAGCUUCAAAUAUAAUACAGGGAUACAAUGAAGAAUUCCGACUGCCUCGCGUCAUCUAUAGCCGUGAUGAAGUAUACUGGAGUAUGGAUGCCGGACAAUCUGACGUAUGGCGGGAGAAUGACCUACAUGGUGUUUAGAUGUGUUACGCAAACGUUCAUAUUCGUCUUCAUCAUUCUGGCUGAGAUAGCCUAUGUGUAUAAGCACCGCCACGACUCGGAGCGUAUGGUAGACGCGGCGGUGUUGCUGCUUUCACAUCUCGUGCAAGCCGUCAAGCUGAUGACAAUCAUUGUCCGCCAGGAAAGGAUCAAGCGUCUCAUCUCCUUGGGAGACGGUCCUGCCUUCACCCCCACGGAACCGAAACUCAAAGCGCAGCUAGAGCGAGCGGUGAAGCUGACCGGAUUGAUCGGCAACCUGGUGUUGUGGUCGGCCUGUAUUACCGGCGUGUUCUGGUUCGUGGUGCCGGCGCUGAAGGAUGUGUUAACGCUGCCCCUGAAAAUAACCUUCCCUUUCGACAUUAGUGGGCAGUACAUUUUCGCAGUGAUGUACGUGUAUACGUCGCUGAGCGUGUUGACGUGCGGCGUGGGUGACGCCGCCGAGAACUUUCUCGUCUCAGGAGUACUGACGCUUGCGUCUACUCAGGUCGGCUUGCUGCACGAACAGCUGUUGGAUCUUAAAACUGACGGUAAAGAUGGCUGUUACAAGAAAGCGGUGCUCUGCGUUAAGUUCCAUCAACGAAUCAUCGAGUACGUUGAAGAGGUCGCGAAGAUAUUCGGCUUGCCGAUUUUCUGCCAAUGCGUCACGAGCAGCAUAGUCGUAUGCAUGACUGUUUAUAAAAUAACUAUUACACAAGAGCCAGUAGAAAUGGUCACCUUGGUAUUCUACUUGAUAUGCGUUAUGAUGGAGCUAAUGAUGUAUUGCUACCCUGCCGAUGUACUUUUGAAUAAGAGCCUGCAAGUAUCGGACGCAGCGUACCCGGAGUGGUCGGGCAACAUUAAGACAGCUCAGGUGCUACUGCUGACCACGCUGCGCGCUCAACGAGCCUUGGUUGUCAACGCUGGUGGCAUGUUCAAGAUCUCUCUACCUACUGCGGCCGCUGUAGUGCAAACAUCGUACACAUAUUACGCGCUAUUACAACAGAAGCUCAAGAAGGAAUAAAUUAGAACUUUACAGCCAUGUUAGAUCUGAUUCACAGAGUAGUUGGUGCAACAAUUGUAAAAUUAGAGACUGUGAGCUUUAGACCUCGCGAUUAGCUUAGAAAAUGUAGAAGAGAAAGAAUAUUCAGUUUGUUGAGUCAUGCACUAUAAUUACGAAAAUGGUGUGCUCACAUGCCCGCAAUGUUCGCGAACUUUUGGUAGCAAGAUCGGCUACAUCAGUCACUUGCGAGCACACCAGAGACAGCAACGGAGUUGAUAGCAGUCGCCGUGGCCGAAUCGGUCGUGGAGUUAUUAUCACAGUGAACUCACAAU